UUACGACGCCCAGCCGAAGUGGGGUGACUCGGACAAGCGGGUCAUUACCAAUCAGAGGAGGCAGGUGAAGGUGAAUAACCCAAUUGAUUCGUGCGUUCCACUGGAAGAUUACAUCAAAGAGCACGGGAACCCAGCCACAAAUGGAAAAGGCCAUCUUCGGUGCAUUUUCAAAAAGCAGCAAUGUGUCAAAAUCCCAGGCAAGAAGAUUUGGACGGUCGAGAGGUCCGAGAUUGACGAGGUUGUUCUCGAAGAGGUGCGUGACGACGGUAGCUUCCAGCUUGGUCUCAACCAGUUGGAGUCAAACUUCCAAGAUAUCGGCAGCGCGAUCUUCGGUUCUUUUCCUGAGGCUACUGGCGAACGCAUGUCCUUGGAUGAGAUUAUUGGCCGGCCGGCCCUGGCGUGGCCAGCUGCCCCUGCGGGCUACGCAGGAUCUGCCCCCUCUUCCGCGAGAGAUUCGGCAUCUGGCGGCCAGGGCAAGGCCGACGAGGACGACGACUUGAUGGGCGUUCGUAGCUUGGGUUUCCUUUCAAUGUCAGAGGAGGUUCCAGUUGCAUCUUCGACGCCAGCGGAGUCUUCCAUUGCGCGAGACUCGAGAAACAAGAAUCAGAAGGAGAAAGCAGAUAAGAAGGACAAGCAAGGGAAGAAGGAGGAUGGGGGCACGCGGAAGCCUGGCCGCAAGUCGAGGCACUUGUUGACAGUGAUGGAGACCAGCAUGAAAGAGUACAUGGGGAGUGCGGACGGAGAGGGAUAUUUCGGACAAGCGGUCAACCACCGGCGCACGUUGGAAAGGAACGUCAAGGAUUUCGGCGCCGAGACCCCGCCCGACGACGAGACGCCCGAAGACGCGGCGAAGAGAGCCAUCCUCAAGAAACAGGCUCAGGCGGCCCUGCAGUUCUCGAAGGCGUGGGCCAAGCACGCAUGCUUCAACAAGCACGUGGAUCAGAUCUACCAGCAGAACUCCAAGUUCCUGGCGUUGGAGCCCGCGGCCCCUGCGCCAUAUCCACAGUGGGUGCUCCGCUUGGCGCUGGAGGCUCACAUCCCGAACAUCGAGAGCGUUGAGGAAUUCUGGCAGUUGCUCGAGCACGACAAUCUCGUGGCCUGUGGCUAUGCUUCUGAUGCACUUGCAAGGCCCAGAGCCGAAAUGCUGUCCACGGUGAUUGCCACCUUUGUCAAGGUAUCAGACGACUUCGACUCUGUCACAGCUCUGACUGCGCUCAUCAAAGAGUGCCCCGCUCAGAUGGACGAUGACAUCAAGAAGGAGCUAAACAUCAUGGACGCCCUGGUUAACCCGGUGGCCCACUCCAAGGACGAGAUCGAGACGGCCCUCGCCCUCCUCAAAGGGUCUGGCGCGAAGUUCUGCGACGCGCUGAAGGGGUGGCCAGAGGGCGACAGACUCGUAGAGGAGGCCAAGAACAGCAUCGUUGCCAAGGACUCGCGCUACCUCAGGUGCCAUGGGGUUCAGGAGCGGACCGCCUCCCUCUUGCAAGACGUGAGAAUCUUCGAGGAGAAGUACGGCACUCCCGACAAGUUUUCGUUCCAUGGCGUCGACGACGUAAUGAAAGAUGCGCUUAUCUUGACUGAAGCCGUGGGAAAACUAGGAGAUGCUAGCAAGGACUUCUGGGAUGGCAUCGCGGGCCAGUUCGAUGGGUUCGUUGAUUCAUUUUCCCCAUGUUUCUUUCAGAACUUUGAGCUUGCUGUCGGGCGGGCGCUAUUGGAUCCUGAUUUCACGCCUAUCGACCAGAAGUCUUUCAAUGAGCUGCCCGAUCCGACCAUCCCCCAGAUUAUCGAAGUAUUGAAGGCUGUUGACGGGACCCGAAACACAUUCUUUGGCAAGGUCGAGGAGGCAACAAUUGACGGCUUGGUAGCCAUGUCAGGAACCCUCGCAACAGCAGCUUGGCUCAAGGUUAUCAAGCCUGAGUCGUUGGGCGGGCUGAAGGAGCAGGUGGGGGCCAGGCUCGCGAUCCACAGGGGCUGCAACAUUGCCCCCGCAUUCGCCGAGCUCGCGUCGAAGCAUUAUUCGCAGGAGGACUCGUUCAAUGAGUUCCAGGUGCUCAUCCGUAACUUUAACGAUCCGCUGCAGUGCUCCGUGACAGCUUCGUUGGACAACGAGAUCGACCAGCAACUCGCCGCGGCCUUGCAGCCCGUCGUCAUGCUCGUGAAGUCCAUCGGUAUCCAUGAUCAUGUGAUGGGCGGCCCAGAUGACCCCUUGUUCAGUCCGUCCACCGGGGUGGUCUGGGCGGGGCUCGCUGAAGAGGACAUCGACGCCCGCAUUGCCAACGCCGAUUCCGUGGCCCAGGUAAUUUCCGACCCGAAGUUGAGGUCCCAGUUGAGUUUCCUGUCCAAGGCCGUCAAAGCCACCAAGUCCAUCGUCGAUUUGUCCAGGUGGGAGCAAGCUGGUCGAGGCUCUUACGAGAGUCUGAACUUGACGGACGAUGUGCUUCAGAAGGUGAAGGUCGCAAAGGAGGACUGGAAGCGCCUCGAAGACUUCUGCGUCUACCUCUGCAAGGUUUCUGGCGAGCAGGACCUGUCGACCGCGAUCCUCAGGGCCAACGGUGGCGAGGAGAAGUGCUGCUUGCAUCCGACCACCUUCGACUCUCUGCCGGCCAGCCUGUGGCGCGCCCGCCUGCAGUCGUGGUCGGAUUCAGUGUUGCGCAAGUGCGGUGGCCAUUGGGCAGAGAUUAUUCGUGGCCUCAGUGAUAAGAUCCAGCCGCAUCUCGUCGACUGGGAGGAGAAGAAGGAUGAGAUCUUGGCCCCCUGCAACUCGGGCCUCGUGAAGAGGAUCCUCGAGAACGAAGGGUACAAGUUCUUGACCCCCUUGUCAGUCGAAGUGUCGCGCAUGAUGGCGUCCGUGAAGGGGCUUACCGACAUCGGUGGCAAGGCGCUCGUGGAUGAGGGCGUCAUCGGGCGUGCCGAAAAGAUGAGGACUUCGGCUCUCGUUUUGGUUUCUUUGACAUUUACUCUGUAUCACGUGAAGGUCGAGUGGCCGCGGCUGCGAGGGUGGCGCAAACAAGAGUCGGCUCGCAUCGCUUUGGAGGGCCACCAUGCCAAGGCCAGUUACGAGAACAGCUUCGAGUGUCUUCCAAAGUGCCUCAAGGACUACAUCAAGCAGUUUGGCGCAGUGCAUGCAGAUUAG